AGAACAAUCCCAGUCCAACUCAUUUUAAUGUACUCAGUAAUUCCAGGAAUUUAAGGUUUGAUAUUUUGAUAUUUUAUACACAAGCAUGUUAUGCAAAGUCACGGAAAAUAACUGUCUGUUCUGUUGAGGUGUUAUGAUCAAAUACACAACUAUUAUUUCAGCCAUAUUCCAUCUUUUUUAGAAGCUACAUUUAACUCUCUGUCUUCGGUGUAAUCUCAGAUGUGUGAGUGAUAGAGAGUGUAGAAAUGAAGGUCAUACCACAUGUUGCCUUUAACUGUUGCACUGCUGCACUGAGCCCAUCCCAUAGGCAGAUCCACCGCUAAUUAUGUGAAGGUUGGAAGCCCAGUGAAGAUAUCCACUUCGUCUCUGCCAUUCAUCUCACUUCAUUCGGAGCUACAAGUUGCUGUGGCGGAGGACAAGUGUACUUUCGCUCCAGGAGCCAGUCGUUUGCUGUCGGUCUUUGUUCGGGAGAGGGCAGGAUGUCUAACAACAUGGCCAAGAUUGCAGAUGCUCGAAAAACAGUAGAGCAGUUGAAACUGGAGGUCAACAUAGAGAGGAUGAUGGUAUCCAAAGCAGCAGCUGAACUGAUGGCCUACUGUGAAGCUCAUGCCAAAGAGGACCCGUUGGUGACUCCAGUGCCUUCAUCUGAGAACCCGUUUCGAGAGAAGAAAUUGUUCUGUGAAAUCCUAUAACUCUCUUGUGCAAAAUACACACACACACA